AUGUAUCUUAAUCCCAAUAAUCUAUAUGAAUAUGCCAAUGAAAUGAGCUUGGGUGAUGAGGUGCAAGUAGAUUUGAUGGACACGAUGGAUGAUGGGAAAAAUAUUUGGGAUGACUAUUUGGAAGAAAAAUUCAUUUUGCUGAUGGGGGAAGAGGUUAGGCAAGGAAAUCGUACAAAUGCAACUUUUAACAAUGUUGGGUGGAGAAAGAUAAUGGAAGGAAUGAUGGUUGAAACAGGAAAAACAUACACCAUUAAACAACUUAGAAAUAAAUUCAACCAAUUGAGGGCAAUACACAAGGAUUUCAAAAAGUUGUUGUCUGAGAUGGGUGUGGGCUAUAAUGCUGAGAGUGGAAUGAUUGUAAUGGAAGAUGAGAGAUGGGUAAGGUUCUUAAAUGUGGGAAAAAAAUUCGCAAGAAGGGUUGUAAUUAAGCACUUUGACAAGUUGUCCACCAUCUUUGGAGACACACAUGCAACAGGAUCUCAAGUCCGUCCUUUUACUAGAUCUCACCCAACGUCGCAUGUACCCACAAAUAUGUCUCACAUUAAUUCUCUUGAUGAUACUAUCAAUGAGGAAGGAAAUGAUGUACAAGGUAAAGAGAGGACUCCAUCACUUGAACCCUGA